AUGCCCCCUGGGGUUGACUGCCCCAUGGAAUUCUGGACCAAGGAGGAGAAUCAGAGUGUGGCAGUUGACUUCCUGCUGCCCACGGGGGUCUAUCUGAACUUCCCUGUGUCCCGGAAUGCCAACCUCAGCACCAUCAAGAAGGUGUUGUGGCACCGCGCCCAGUAUGAGCCACUCUUCCACAUGCUCAGCGACCCUGAGGCCUACGUGUUCACCUGCGUCAACCAGACCGCGGAGCAGCAGGAGCUGGAGGACGAGCAGCGGCGACUGUGUGACAUCCAGCCCUUCCUGCCGGUGCUGCGCCUGGUGGCCCGAGAGGGUGACAGGGUGAAGAAGCUUGUCAACUCACAGAUCAGCCUCCUCAUCGGCAAAGGUGCCCCGCGUGAGAGCUUCACCUUCCAGGUGUCCAGCAAGGAUGUGCCCCUGGCACUGAUGGCCUGUGCCCUCCGGAAGAAGGCCACGGUGUUCCGGCAGCCGCUGCUGGAGCGGCCUGAGGACUACACCCUGCAGGUGAACGGGAAGCACGAGUACCUCUACGGCAGCUACCCCCUCUGCCAGUUCCAGAGCAACCCUGCCCCCCAAGUCCAAAAACCACGCACCAAACCGCCCCCCAUUCCCAUGAAGAAGCCUUCUUCCUUGUCCCUGUGGUCCCUGGAGCAGCCUUUCUGCGUGGAGCUGAUCCAGGGUAGCAAAGUGAAUGCGGAUGAGCGGAUGAAGCUGGUGGUGCAGGCCGGGCUCUUCCAUGGCAACGAGACGCUGUGCAAGACGGUGUCCAGCUCGGAGGUGAGCGUGUGCUCAGAGCCCGUGUGGAAGCAGCGGCUAGAGUUUGACAUCAACGUCUGCGACCUGCCUCGCAUGGCUCGUCUCUGCUUUGCACUUUACGCCGUGAUCGAGAAGGCCAAGAAGGCUCGGUCCACCAAGAAGAAGUCCAAGAAGGCGGACUGCCCCAUCGCCUGGGCCAACCUCAUGCUGUUUGACUACAAGGACCAGCUCAAGACCGGUGAAUGCUGCCUGUACAUGUGGCCUUCCGCACCAGACGAGAAAGGGGAGCUGCUGAACCCCGCGGGAACAGUGCGGAGUAACCCCAACACGGAGAGUGCUGCUGCCCUAGUCAUCUGCCUCCCUGAGGUGUCCCCCUACCCUGUGUACUACCCAGCCCUGGACAAGGUCAGCCCCCUCGCCAACCUGGCCUGGCGGGACCCGCCCUCCCCAGAGGCUGUGGGGCUAAAGAUGACCUUUCCUGACCCUGCCUCUGGGGAUCCCCAGAACCUCCGCCAGGACAUGCUGACUCUGCAGAUGAUCCAGCUCAUGGACGUUCUGUGGAAGCAGGAGGGAUUGGACCUGAGGAUGACCCCCUAUGGCUGCCUCUCCACGGGGGACCGCACAGGCCUCAUCGAGGUGGUGCUUCACUCAGACACCAUCGCCAACAUCCAGCUGAACAAAAGCAACAUGGCAGCCACGGCUGCCUUCAACAAGGAUGCCCUGCUCAACUGGCUCAAGUCCAAGAACCCUGGUUUGGGAGUCAAAGCCUAUACCAUCCUGCGGCGCCACGGGCCUCUGUUCCUUCACCUCUUCGCCCUGAUGCGGGCCGCCGGCCUGCCUGAGCUCAGCUGCUCCAAAGACAUCCAGUAUCUCAAGGACUCUCUGGCCUUGGGAAAGACAGAGGAGGAGGCUCUAAAGCACUUCCGAGUGAAGUUCAACGAAGCCCUCCGGGAGAGCUGGAAGACCAAAGUGAACUGGCUGGCCCACAACGUGUCCAAAGACAACAGGCAGUAGUAGCAAGCUUCUGGAAGCCCCUGGGCCUGGAGGGAGCAGACUGCCAGCCUGGGGAACCAGGCACCCUCAGCCAUCCUCUGGGGCCCCGAGAGCCUGAACUGCACCCCACAGGAAGGAACCUACAUGAUUGCCUUUUGUUUACACUGGUUAUUUAUUUAUGACUUGAAACAUUUCAGGAACUCGACAGCCAUAAACGGAAAUGCAUCCUUCGUGCGGGGGAGGGGCGUCCUCAGCCAGAGGCCCCGGGCUUUGGUGAGAAGACCGAGUCGGGCACUUCAGAGGCCGCACCUCACUAAGGACUGUAACCCCGAGUCUUCCAGCUGGUGAAUCGGGACCCGGCAGAGACUGCUCUCCCCUCCGGGAAGCCUGCCUUCCUCCCAGGCUCCCGCCGGGCUGCCCGGGGCUUGGCCCCUGGCAGUUACCUGGUGCCCACUUCUCCGUUCACCCCCUCCACCUUCGUGCUCUCCACGGGCUGAGCGCGGGGCAGCUCCCAGAGGAAGUCUGGGUACCCUCUAGAAUCAGGGAUGCUUGCUUUCCACUUUUAAAGUGACUCUUGGGUACGGGAAAUCCUCUCCUCUGCUGUAAAGCGGUUUUGUUUGCGGGUAAGGAAAAAAAAAAACAAAAAACACCCCAACUACUUACGGACCCUCUGUGGCUCAGAACAGCCUCUGCCCCCAUAAAGUAUAAUAUAUGCUGGUCCUCAAGACAUUAAAAAGAUCUAA